CCUUUUCAUCGAAACGAAAACUCCAAAAACACCUGGAAUCUUUCCCCUCUUUCUCACACACAUUUGUCUCCUCUUCAAGAACCCUAAUCUCAGCUAAAAAUCCAAUCUCCCCCAAUUCAAUUUCAAAAAAUCACAUUCACCCCACUCUUUCUCUCUCCUCCACAGUCAUUGCUGUCGCCCUCAAUCGCGACUUUCGACCACCACUACCCACAAUUUUCCCCCUUUUCUCCCUCCUUUGUUUCCCCACUUUAUUUUCUCUUUCCUCCUUCCCCAUAUAAAUUAGGGCAUCUUUUAGUGUUCCAAGAGAUGACUUCUUCCUCUUCCACUAACAAUAAUAAUAACCCUGAACCUGAUUCUCCCCCUCCUCCUAAUCCCCCUGCUUCUGAAACUGUAGCUGUUGAAACUGACAAUCUUGAAGCUGAAGAAGAAGCUUUCAUGGAGAAAUCCAUGGUUUCUGAUGAUCAUAUGGAUGAAGAUUCUGUUAAUAAUCAUCCUGCUACUGUUUUUUGUAUCACAUUGAACCAAUCUCGCUCCAAUUUGCUUCAUAAAAUGAGUGUUCCUGAUCUUUGUCGCAAUUUUAGUGCUGUAGCCUGGUGUGGGAAGCUGAACGCCGUAGCAUGUGCUUCAGAAACUUGUGCUCGAAUUCCAAGUUCUAAUGCCAAUCCACCAUUUUGGAUCCCUAUACACAUAGUGAUUCCAGAGCGACCCACAGAGAGUUCCAUAUUCAAUGUCAUAGCAGAUAGUCCCCGCGAUUCAGUUCAGUUUAUUGAAUGGUCUCCACCUUCUUGUCCGCGGGCAUUAUUGAUUGCAAACUUCUAUGGAAGGGUUACUAUUUGGUCUCAGCAGACUCAGGGACCAGCUAACCUAGUGCGAGAUGUUAGUCGCUGGCAGCCUGAACAUGAAUGGAGGCAAGAUAUUGCAGUUGUGACAAAGUGGCUCUCUGGUGUUUCUCCGUAUAGGUGGCUUUCUGCAAAAUCCAAUAAUUCUACAAGCUUGAAGUCAACUUUUGAGGAGAAGUUCCUUCCUCAGCAUCCUCAAACGUCAGCUAGGUGGCCGAAUAUCCUAUGUGUAUGUUCUGUAUUCUCUUCAGGGUCGGUCCAACUUCAUUGGUCUCAGUGGCCACCUCGAGAGGGUGCAUCAGCGAAAUGGUUUUGCACAAGCAAAGGGCUUUUGGGGGCUGGACCCAGCGGUAUAAUGGCAGCUGAUGCUAUUGUGACUGACUCAGGAGCCAUGCAUAUCGCAGGUGUCCCUAUUGUAAAUCCAUCAACUGUCGUAAUCUGGGAGGUCACACCAGGACCUGGCAAUGGAUUAGAAGCAACUCCAAAGACGACAAUAAACAAUGCAGUCCCUCCGUCUGUUGACCCCCAUAGUUGGUCAGGAUUUGCCCCUCUUGCAGCUUAUUUGUUUGACUGGCAAGAAUACUUCAUAUCAGAAGGAAAACUAGGGAAAAAGCAGUCAUAUAAAGACUUCACGGAAAAUGUAUCAUUGUAUUGUUCACCAGUCUCAAAUUUUUCGGCAUAUGUGAGUCCAGAGGCUGCAUCACAAUCAACUGCAACUACUACAUGGGGUUCUGGUGUAACGGCCGUUUCAUUUGAUCCAACUCGUGGGGGUUCAGUCAUCACUGUGGUGAUAGUUGAGGGACAGUACAUGUCCCCAUAUGACCCUGAUGAGGGGCCCUCAAUCACAGGAUGGAGAGUGCAGCGUUGGGAAUCAUGCCUUAAACCUGUUGUCCUUCACCAGAUAUUUGGUAGUCCUACCAAUUUCGGAGGGCAGCCACCUAUGCAAACAGUUUGGGAGACCAAGGUCAACAAGAGCAUGCCACCAACUGAUGAUUUAAAGUCUCAGCAAGCUGCAUCAGUAGGACCAACUUCUGAUCUGCAGCCAAAACCCGAGUCUUCUGGUGAUAAGGCAAAAAGGGUCACCUUUGAUCACUUUAACAUGCCCAGUGACGUUAGGACACUUGCUCGCAUUGUAUACUCGGCUCAUGGUGGUGAAAUUGCUAUUGCUUUUUUACGUGGCGGGAUCCAUAUUUUUUCAGGGCCAAACUUUACACCUGUUGAUACAUACCAGAUUAAUGUUGGCUCAGCGAUAGCUGCUCCUGCUUUUUCUUCAACAAGCUGUUGUUCAGCUUCUGUAUGGCAUGACACCAGUAAAGACUGCACUAUGCUGAAGAUAAUCCGUGUUCUUCCACCUGCUGUUCCCAGCAGUCAAGCAAAAGCCAGUUCUCCUUCAUGGGAACGUGCAAUUGCAGAAAGGUUUUGGUGGAGUCUUUUGGUCGGAGUAGAUUGGUGGGAUGCUGUCGGGUGUACACAAAGUGCUGCUGAAGAUGGAAUUGUUUCCUUGAACAGCGUUAUUGCAGUUUUGGAUGCUGACUUCCAUUCCUUGCCCUCUACUCAGCACAGGCUGCAAUAUGGACCUAGCCUUGACAGGAUAAAAUGCAGACUUUUGGAAGGUACAAACGCUCAGGAAGUCAGAGCUAUGGUUCUUGAUAUGCAAGCAAGAUUGUUGUUAGAUAUGCUUGGGAAAGGAAUUGAAUCAGCAUUGAUAAAUCCUUCAGCUUUAGUUUCUGAGCCAUGGCAGGCAUCUGGCGAGAUGUUGAAUUCGAUUGAUUGUGAAUCCAUGGCUGUUGAUCCAGCGCUGGUUUUAAGUGUGCAGGCCUAUGUUGAUGCUGUUCUUGAUCUUGCUUCGCAUUUCAUCACACGCCUGCGUCGUUAUGCGAGCUUUUGUCGUACACUAGCGAAUCAUGCUGUUCAAGCAGGAACUGGUGGCAACCGGAGUAUGGUGGCUAGUCCUGCACAAAGUUCUGCAUCUCCUGCUCCAAGUCAGGGAGCUCAAAGCGGUACUACAAAUUCAACAGGAAGCACACAAAUGCAUGCUUGGGUUCAAGGUGCUAUUGCUAAGAUUAGUGGUACAACAGAUGGAGUUUCUACUUCAACUCCUAACCCUUUGAGCGGGCCAGCUCCGUAUAUGCCAAUCAGCAUAAAUACUGGAACGUUUCCUGGUACACCUGCUGUCAGGCUUAUAGGCGACUGCCAUUUCCUCCAUAGGUUGUGCCAACUUUUGCUAUUCUGCUUUUUUUUCCGACGAGCACAGCUACCACGCUACAUUCAGAGUUCCCAGAGAAUGGCUGAUGCAAGUAUGCAAAAGCCCCAGUCCAAUGCUGCAGGCAAGGUUGAAGAGAACCAGACAAAAUCCAUGCCAACAGCAGGCAGGCCAGAAGAUUCUCAGGGUGCUCGUAGCAAUCAGUUAGUUGCUGGUGUCAAAGUGGAAGAUGGUCCUGCCAGCAGAGCAAGACUGGGGACUGGGAAUGCUGGUCAAGGAUACACUUUUGAUGAGGUCAAAGUGCUGUUUCUGAUAUUGAUGGAUCUCUGUAAGCGAACAGCAGGCCUUGCGCACCCGUUGCCUGUUUCACAGGUUGGAAUGUCCAGUAUCCAGGUCCGGCUACAUUAUAUUGAUGGAAACUAUACCGUCGUGCCAGAGGUUGUUGAAGCAUCACUUGGCCCACAUAUGCAGAAUAUGCCUAGGCCUAGAGGUGCAGAUGCUGCUGGUUUACUUCUACGUGAGUUGGAACUCCACCCCCCUGCAGAAGAAUGGAAUCGACGGAACAUGUUUGGGGGUCCAUGGUCCGAUCUUGAUGAAAUGGGCUCUGUAGAUGAUAGCUCUAAGUUAAGCGCCUCCAUUGAUCCAGUUGAUUUAACUUCGAUGGAAACUUGUGAUGUUUCUUAUGGAGUGCAAAGCCUAUGGCCAAGGAAACGCAGGCUGUCUGAAAGGGAUGCUGCUUUUGGCUUUAACACUUCAGUUGGUCUAGGAGCUUAUCUUGGCAUUAUGGGAUCUCGGCGAGAUGUGGUGACUGCUGUUUGGAAGACUGGUUUGGAGGGUGUUUGGUUCAAGUGUAUAAGGUGUUUGCGACAAACCUCGGCCUUUUCCCCAACAGAUUCUAAUGGUCCAUCCAAUCAGAAUGACCGAGAGACAUACUGGAUAAGUCGCUGGGCUUAUGGUUGCCCAAUGUGUGGUGGAGCAUGGGUCCGAGUUGUAUAAUUAUUGUUAGCUAGGUUGUACAUUCUUUAUUUUGAACUCUGGCACGAGAAUAAGCAUUAUCUCUUCGUCGAAGCUGUUAUGACAAGGCUUUAUUGUCUGAGAAAUACAGCAGAUUACAUUAGAGUGACUGAGGACAUUGUAAACAUAUGAUGUCAUUAUAGUCUCGACUCUGGUGGACGAAGAGGCUUGCAUCGUCAGCAUGCCCUCCAACUCUUCUGAGACUUGGUGGGGAAGAAGUUUACAAGGAUCUUCGCCCUGGUUGAGAAUUACUGAGAUAAAAACAGCAAGGUUUCUGAGGUCUGUAAUUCAGAAUUGGCAGGGUUGAGGAUAGGAACUGUUGUCAUCAUUCUUGGUAUAUAUGUUUGGGCAUUUCAAUGCUUUGAUGACCUGGAAAUUGAGAUCCCAAUCUCUGUGUUCUUACUUGUCAGCAGUAAAAAUAAAAAAGGGAUUGAAAACAAGAUCUGUUUACAAUGUAGCUUAUGCUCAUUACAGUUUUGUACCGUCUUCUGCAUCACUCUACAGGAUUGAGCGAGAUUUCAUGUUUAUAGAUGUGGUUAUUUGUCAUUGUGAUUGCAGAGAAACAGAGAAACAUUUACAAUUGUUUGUGAACUUAUUCUUUCCAACAUAAACCUCGUAAAUAUAAAGAAGUUUGUCUCUCCCAAAA